UUUUCUCGUGAGAAGGGUGUGGGGCGGAAUCUGCUUGGAGUCGGGAGAGCUCCGUCGGCCGGGCAUGGAGACGGCCACUCCCCAGGGGCGUAGCCUAGAUUGCAGGAUUGAAGUUAAUGGAUCCUCCACUACUGAACAGGAGGAAGUUGAAGUAAAGAAGGCAAAGGCAUUCAUUUGGAGACCUUGGAAAGGGCUGACAGAAAAAGUGGAGGCAAAAAUAAGUACUCUUGAGGACUCUGAUGAUUUUGAAGACUUCCAAUCAGAAAAUGAAGACUGGAAAUCAGAUGAUGAAGAUUACGAUGUAGCUACCCAAACUGUUUUUCCUGAAAUGACAGCAGUUACUCAGUAUGAAGAAGAAGACUGGGAUAAGGAGAUGGAAGACUCUGAAAACAAUAAAAACUCUUAUGAUUUAGACGAUAUUAUCUACUGUGGAAGUUUCUGGGAUGGCAAUGGACAGGCAUCCUAUUCAGUUCAAGAAGAACCUCUGUAUGACCCAAGCUUACACCACGUAGCACCGUUGACUUUGAUUCACUUAAAAGCUGUGACAGAGGAUGGCCAAUUUGAAGAUGCUGUUGACUGAAACAUUCCCAGCAAUAAGACAGAAACACUAAGUUCUAAAUCAGAUUUCUCCGUUCAGCUGCACAAAAUGGAAAUGACUGAUGCUUUAUAUCUAGAGUACUGAUAUAUUAGGGACUGGAUGAAUGCAACUUUGUAUCACCUUUUGGUUUAAACAAACUUGAAAUGAUUUAGGUUUAAUUUGUGAAGUGGCUAUUGCUGUUAAAGUGCUGUUAACUAUUUUGUGUUAUUACCUCAGUUUUAAUUUUGGGUUUGUCUUGCAAGCCUUCACUGAAAUGACAGUACACAUUUAUUUCCACCUCUUAACACUCAGCAGGAGUUUCUGAAGCUAUAGUUCUAUGUUUUGGUAUGUUGGAUGCUGGCAUGUCAUUGGGAUGCUGGUGGGAUGGAUAGUAACAAGAUUAUUCUUCAGGAAUACAGGUUAUUUCAUUUUGUACAGCAUAUGUAUGUAUUUAAUUAUAAUAAACAUGCAGAAGUGC